AUGCAACGAUUUAUUAUCCCCUUAGUCCUGGCCUUGGCUACGAGCGUCAAAACAGUCAAAGAAAGGUCAUGGAUCCCAAGUCAUUCCGUCGCAUCAGAAUCCCAGAUCAAACUCGCCAUAGAGAACGAUUACGACGACACUGGCCCAGGGGCGAAGACGCCGCAGUACGCAUACAAUACUUACAAGACACUAGAGGAAGCGCUACUCAGCUACAUGGAUGACCCUGACACCGAGUUGCCAGAAAGUGAAAGAAGGAAGGCAAUCAACAGAUUGAUUAACAGUCCGAAAGAAUACCAACCGUACAUUUCAUCACAGCCGAUACGAGAAUAUCCCAAGAGUGUUGCAGAGUACACUGGGUACAAAGAAUUACCUCAGAUACCUCCGAUUGUGCUGAAAAAAUACUCACGGCCUGAGAAACAGGUGCUGUACCAGAAUCCCAAGACUACCCUGGGAGUUUAUAAUUUGAGAGGCAUCUCUUUAAGCAACUUCAAUUCGGUUGCGUCUAAAGGCAGGCCACAGGUGUACAAAUUAGAAAGAGUUCGCUUGCCAGGACCGAUCAGAAGUCAUAUUUCGGACUUCUAUAAUAUCAACCAGGACCGCUUUACUAACCCUCAAUAUUCCUUCUCCCAAGACGUUUACAACAAGUUGUCUGGAGACUUAAAAUCAGCUCGUGAUACCCGAGAUGGUGACUCAGUACGUGGCUUCUACAGCUUCGUGGACGCCGACGGUAGACAGCGCAUUAUUCACUACACUGGUGACGACAGACUGGGCUUCAAAGCAGACAGGAAUCAACGGGACCACCAAUAA